UUUGGGCAACAAGGGCCGCCAAUGGCGGCGUCCUUAAGGCGGCGGUGUCAUGGCGCCGAGCGACGAGUAGAGAAACACGGCUCGUAGACCAGCACGGCUCGUCCGCGACGAUGGCCACCGUCGAGUACGACCUGAACACGUCAGGGGGCCUGAUGCCCCAAAUCCAGGCGCUGAUCGCUCCCCCCGCCAGCGAGGAGGAGCAGCAGCGCCGCAAGCCGCCCGCCGGACGCUGCCACCGUCCCGCGGGGCGCGCCGUCAACCACGACUGCUGCGACAGCUGCAAGGAAGGCGGGGACCUGAUCUGCUGCGACCGCUGCCCUGCCACGUUCCACCUGCAGUGCCAUGACCCUCCGUUGGACGAAGAGAGCCUGCCCUCGGGAGAGUGGAUCUGCCAUCGAUGCACCGUGGUGGCCUCGGGCAGCUCCACAACGGGCGACAGCAGCAGUGCACUGCACACACUUGUGGCGGCUGCUUCGCUGCUCAAUGCGCAGCAGUUUGAGCUCCCACAUGAGCUGUCCUGUCACAUUGCACUGCCUGGGAGCAGCAAGCGUCUGCGCCCAGUUCGUGGACGGCGGCACGACCUCGAACCACCUGUGCCCCUGCCCUUGAGGGUCUGUUUCACCUGCCGCAGGAGCUGUCGGUGGGCCCCGCUGAUCCAGUGCGACUACUGCCCACUGCUGUUUCAUGCCGACUGCUUGGAGUUCCCACUUGCCUCCCUGCCCACUGGCCGAUGGAUGUGCCCUAACCAUGCAGAGAACUUCUUGGAGGAGAAGCUGCUCAAUUCGGUGAGCCUGACUGAACGGGUGCGGCUGUGGGACCGAUUUGGGGGAGGCAGCCGGCUCAACCAGGAUGCAGUGAAGCUGGCAUUCCUGGCACGGGCACAUCGGCCGCAGCCACCCUUCCGGCUCAAGCGCCAGCGGCCCCGGCUGUAUCGUGCCCACAUCCCGCGGGCCGUUCGCGACCACUACCGCCGCCGGCCACCGCCACUGUCCUUGUCUUCCUCUGUGGCGCAGCAGCAGCAGCAGGACGAGCAGGAGCUGUGGCUGGCCUCCCUGGUGGCUCUGCAAUUGGCCCUCGCCGCACGCACGGCCACAGAGGGCUCGGCCGUGGAUGCGCACGAGGAGGAGAAAGGCCCCGAAGGAUGGGAAGUGAACCAGUUGGACGAGAAGCUUGUGCGCCUGCUCGCCCGGCAAAGGCUGCAGCAGCUGCUACCUGCCGUCAAUGGUGUCAACGUGUCUGCGGUGUCGGCCAGCGAGGUGCAGGCCCGAGCCAUGGUGUGCCCCGUGGGUGGGAGCAGCAAAGGGAGCCCGGUGCCCAUGCCCUACCGGACUCUGACCCUGGGCUCGGGUGCUGACAUGGAUCUGUGCCUCAGAGACUUUGGCCACUGCGACUUUGUCUCUGCGAAGCAUGCGUGCAUCUUCUUCGAUGAGAUUGGCAAGCACUAUGAGCUGCUCAACUACAGUGAGCACGGCACCACUGUGGACAACGUGCUCUACUCAUGCGACUUCUCAGACAAGCGGCGGCUGCUGGCCGCCACCGCUCAGCCUGCUGCUGCACUGGCCGCCCCUCGACACACGGGCACAAGAAGGACAUGCGGCUGCCGUGUGAAUCCCAUUGGUGCUGCUGGCUGGGAGGGCACGGCAUUAUUACACCACGGCUCCCUCAUCAAGCUGGGCUGUCUCCAGUUUGUCUUCAGUGUCACCAAGAACGUUAAUUAGGCGAGGAGGACCUUGUACAGAAUGUCACCUUUUCAAUAAACUCCAUGCAGCAGCA